AUGCUCCGAAAGGCUUCGGGGCCCGCAGAGCGAGCCUCGGGUUCUUGGACUGCCCUUGCAUCCCACGCUGCCACGCUGCCACGCUGCCUCAUACUUUGCGCAUCCAUAGGUAUCGAGAACAUCGCAUACGUGCUGGGCGGUCUCACCGCAACCGGCGGCACGAUUGGCUUCCUCAAGACCGGUUCCAUCCCCUCGGUCGCAGCUGGGUGGACGGUUGGUCUCCUAUAUGGCCUGGGCGGCUACCGCCUCCAGAACCGCGAGCCCUACGGAGUCGAGCUCGCACUCCUCGCAUCGGUUGUUCUUGGCGGUUCCUCCAUUCCCCGCGCCAUCCGCCUUCGCAAGCCUGUCCCAUUGGUGCUGAGCUUGGUCUCCCUGUUCGGGGCGUACGUGUUCGGAGAUGCGUUCAGGAAGACGUUGUAG